AUGGGUGGCCGAGGCUCAGUUUCUCUCAUUCCUGCCGGGGUAGAUCGCGGUGGGGAAGAAGUACCAUCUUUUUCGACUUCUUACUACAACGGACUUCAGCGUCCUGAGGAUGUUGAGACUUUACGGAUUACAGAGCCCAAUUUCUCCCCAAUCAAUCCACCACGAGGUGAUCUUGAAUUGUACAGUGCUACAGCUGGACUGCAACUAAACAACAUUUCGCCCAAUUCUGUCUCUGUACAAGCACUAGAGUCAAGCCAUUCGGUUGACCUUGGCCCCGCCGGCGACGAGCCCUCUGCGACGGGAACUACACUCGCACCCACAGUGGAUUCAUUGCAACCGCGCUCUUCUACGCCUUUAGACUCUGGCAGCUCUCCGAAAGAAAAAGCGGUCCCACAGAUUGGAUGUACAUGGCCACUAUGUAUCAAGUCAUUCUCUUCCAUGGCCGACUAUAACCACCACUUCAAAAACCACUCCAAGCCCUUCCUCUGCACCAUCUGUCCGGCUCGACAUGCAACUAAACGUCAUCUAGACCGUCAUGUUAACGAGCGUCACAGCAAUGUUGAGAACUACUUCUGUUCGGUUCUAACAUGCAAACGAUCACGCGCGGGUGGACAACCAUUCCGGAGGGUGGAGAAUUGUAGGAGGCAUGUUGUGAAGGUGCAUCAGCUUUGUGAUGCUAGUAUGGAUGGGUUGGAUAUGGAUGAGGAGACUAGAAGGGUUAGAGAAGGGAGGAAGAAAGGGAAGAGGUAA